AAAUAUCGCCGGUGGUUUGGACUCUGAUAAGCAAACUGCCUACAUCGCUUGUAGAACUGAGAAUUUGCAACCGUUUUUGGAGAUACCAUAUUGGCCGUUGGAUAAUUGUCCGAUCAUCAGAUGGGUGACGUGUCAGAACGUGAGAGGAAGAUCCUUGUGGCCGUCGAUGAAGGGGAGGAGAGCUUGUACGCGCUGUCUUGGUGUUUGAAGAAUGUAAUUUCUCAAAAUUCCAAAGAUACCCUUAUCCUCCUCUACGCCCGACCACCUCGUCCCAUUUAUACCGCCUUGGAUGGCACAGAUGAUGGAUUUCAAACUUUGCAUCCAACAGAAGAACGAUCAGGGUAUUUGUUUUCUGCGGAUAUAAUGGCCACGUUGGAUAGGUAUAGUUAUGACGUGGCAGAGGCCGUGGUGGAGAAGGCCAAGAGGCUAUGUAAGGAUCUAAACAAUGUGAAAGUGGAGAGUCGAGUGGAAAGUGGAGAUGCAAGGGAUGUGAUAUGUCAAAUGGUGGAGAAAUUGGGUGCUGACGUGUUGGUUAUGGGUAGCCAUGGCUAUGGUCCAAUCAAAAGGGCAUUUAUUGGGAGUGUGAGCAACCAUUGUGCAAAGAGUGUGAAGUGCCCUGUUUUGAUUGUAAAGAAGCCCAAAAACUCAACACCACCUUCUUCAAAUUAAUAAAUUUCUUUCCAUUUCUCUCUUUUAUCUUCUUUCCCCUUUCAUUUUGUAUAAACUUUUUUCUUUUUAAUUUAUAAUAUAUGUGAAGUUUGUGUAACUAUAAAUUAUCAGAGAAAUUAAAAUUAUUCAUUUACAUAA